AUGGACCGAGACCAAUUUGCUGCUCUUGUUCGUGAAGUUGCAUCUCCGGAUGUAGGUAGAAUGGGCAUCGAAAUACUUAGUUUCACUAUUAAGGACGUUUACGACAAGGUAGAAUAUCUCAACUCUCUCGGCCGAGCUCAGACUGCCAAUGUCAAGCGUGAUGCUGACAUUGGUGUCGCUGAGGCUGAACGGGAUGCGGGCAUUAGAGUAUGUAAUUCCUUUUUUGUCUCGAUCUUAGAGUCUUUUUAUCAAGAGUAUCUUCCCAAAUAG